AGGUGGGGUCGGGCUUCUUCCUGUUUUGCUAUCCAGCUUCAAAAUAGAACCACCUCAGCAGAUGCCCCUGCCUCAGGCUGUGACCUGAGAGGCUAUAAAGCAACGACUGCCCCAAAGCACCUGGUGGCAGACGCUUGAGUACUGGUCCUGGGCAGCAAGUCAGAUAUUAGAAGCCCUCUGUACGCUGCAUCUACACUUGAGAAGAGGUUGGUGUGAGGGCAGCAAUCCCGGGCACCCGUCCCUCGGAGAUACAGCCCCCGGAUGUGAACCAGAGCGUCAGAGGCAGAGAGGGAAGACGGCCCGCAGCUCAGGGCCUGUCUGUGCCCCUGCCUGUCUUGGUCUCCUGCCAGGAUUUCCUGCCCAUUUCCCUCGCUUGCCAGCAGGAGACUAUGGCCAAGCGCGUGGCCAUCGUGGGGGCCGGGGUCAGCGGCCUGGCUUCCAUCAAGUGCUGCCUGGAGGAGGGCCUGGAGCCCACCUGCUUCGAGCGGAGCGAGGACCUCGGGGGGCUGUGGAGGUUCACUGAACAUGUCGAAGAAGGCAGAGCCAGCCUCUACAAGUCUGUGGUGUCCAACAGCUGCAAGGAGAUGUCCUGCUACUCAGACUUUCCAUUCCCAGAAGACUAUCCAAAUUAUCUGCCAAAUUCCCAGUUCCUGGAGUAUCUCAAAAUGUAUGCAAACCGGUUCAACCUCCUGAAAUGCAUCCGAUUCAAGACUAAAGUCUGCAGUGUAAGCAAAUGCCCCGAUUUCACUGCCACCGGCCAGUGGGAGGUGGUCACCCUGCAUGACGCAGAGCAGGAGGCACAUGUCUUCGACGCUGUCAUGGUCUGCACCGGCUUUCUCACCGACCCGCAUCUGCCGCUGGGCUGCUUCCCAGGUAUAAAUACCUUUAAAGGCCAAUACUUUCACAGCCGACACUAUAAACAUCCAGACAUAUUUAAGGACAAGAGAGUUCUGGUGGUUGGAAUGGGGAAUUCUGGCACAGACAUCGCCGUGGAGGCCAGCCACCUGGCAGAGAAGGUGUUCCUGAGCACCACCGGAGGGGCCUGGGUGAUCAACCGGGUCUUUAGCUCAGGACACCCAUGGGACAUGGUGUUCACGACACGGUUUCAGAACAUGCUCAGAAACUCCCUCCCGACUCCAGUCAUAUCUUGGUUGAUCGCAAGAAUGAUGAACAGCCGGUUCAAUCACGCAAAUUACGGCUUGCUGCCAGAAGACAGGAUACAGCUGAGGGAGCCGGUGCUGAAUGACGAGCUCCCGGGCCGCAUCCUCACUGGGAAAGUGCUCAUCAGGCCGAGCGUGAAGGAGGUGCGAGCAGGCUCCGUCAGGUUUCACGACAGCCCCCAGGAGGAGCCCGUGGACAUCAUCGUCUUUGCCACCGGGUACACCUUCGCCUUCCCCUUCCUGGAUGAAGCUGUGCUGAAAGUUGAGGAUGGCCAGGCCUCGCUGUACAAGUACAUCUUCCCCACACAUCUGCAGAAGCCAACCCUGGCCGUCAUCGGCCUCGUCAAACCCCUGGGCUCCAUGAUACCCACGGGGGAGACGCAGGCCCGGUGGGCCGUCCGGGUUCUGAAAGGUGUGAAUAAGUUACCGCCACCCAGUGUCAUGACAGAGGAAGUGAGUGCAAGAAGACAGAACAAGCCCAGUGGGUUUGGCUUGUGCUUCUGCAAAGCUCUGCAGACAGAUUACAUCCUGUACAUGGACGAGCUGCUGACCUACAUCGGGGCGAAGCCCAACCUGCUCUCAAUGCUCCUGACGGACCCACGGCUGGCCUUGGCCAUCUUCUUCGGCCCGUGCACACCAUACCAGUUCCGCUUGACCGGCCCGGGGAAGUGGGAAGGAGCCAGAAAUGCCAUCCUGACCACGUGGGACCGAACGUACAAGCCCACCAAAACCCGAGUUGUACAGGAGCCCCCGUCACCCCUGGCGAGCUCGCUCAAACUCUUUGGUGCCCUGGCUUUGCUCCUGGCCGUUGUCCUGGUCUUCCUCUGAGGGGGGGUGACCGAGGGCUCGUCAGACGCACCCCGUACUUGCACAGGCUCCAGUUUGCCCCUGCACACCACAGCCCACCUAGCGGGAACCACCCCGAGUAUCCGAGGCCCCUGCCCUGCCCCGGCCCCAGGCUUCCACUGCGGCCCUGAGCCCUCCAGCUCCACCUGCUUCCAGUGCUUGAGGAAGACAGCAGUUUGUGUGCAUUUGAAGGCUGCUGGGAGGCCUCAGGUACACCCUAGAAGACCUGUCCCAGGCAGCACCCUGAGCAAUCACACCUCUUUCCCGUAUAGACUGCUUCCGUAGACCUCCACUAAAGCCCCCUACUUUGCAAAAGAUUUUCCUGUGCUGAAAUGGUGUUCUUAUGGUAUCAGCUAAUUAAAAAUAAAAAGAAAGAAAAAAACCUAGAA